GCCAUACUAUCUCGCGCAUCUCGCGCUCACGUCAUGACGGAAUAUAUACCUUUUCGUAUAUUCCCGGAACGAAGAUCUAGGUGAUGUAAGAUAUUUUACAGUUGGCGCUGACGAGAGACAUCCUUUCAUACUAUUUAACCUUCUAGGUGAACUUGAUACUUAGGCGUCGUCACCUACUUCGCUGGUUUCAAAGGGGAGGAAUAACUUCAACGGCGUACAAGUCCAAGUAGUAGACGACUAUGGGACCAGGUGCUCCGAUACGGAACAGCCACGGGAUUGAGCUGCCCUCAAGGUAUGAAAUCCGGCUAGUAACGCCCGAUCUUGCCGAGUCAAUCUCGGCCUUGGGUUUUUUUACCCACUACUUCGAUUCACCCAUCUGGAGCGCAAUAUACGAAGGACGCCAGGCAAGCGAAGCGUUAAAGGCUUAUCAUGCCUGCAAACCUUUCUAUGAGAUGCCUGAAAUGGCGGCGAAGAAUGGCCUCUCAUUCUGCAUUUGGGACAAGGAGUUCGUAUUUAAGAGGCCCGAAUCAGCUGCUAAGGGUGGUGUUUGUUAUUGGAACGACAUCGAUGUCGACGAUCCCGAUCUAGAGGUUAAUGGACGGCAAAGGCUACUUGAUGCGUUGGAUUUUCCCAUUGUUGGCUUUGGAUUAUCGUUCGACAAGUUCGCCCCUGGUGACCCGAAGGGAUGGGAGGCUGCAACGAAGGCCACGCCUCUGAACGUUCCCAUGGGAAAAUAUUAUGAAGCACACGAUCCACGACCGAAGGGAUCAUGGAAGCCUACGGCGGCCGGGCAGGUUAUUGAACGGGUCGGUAGCGGAACAAGACAUGGAUAUUAUGGCCAAGGGCUCAUGAAAGCGUUAGCAAGAUUCAUAAUGCUCGAAAUGAAAUCCAGGGGAUAUCGAGCAAUACAGAUCAACUGCGGAGCGCCUCAAAUGCACCAUGUAUGGUCUAACCCUCCGAAACCGUUCAGGAGUUCUACUCUAGUGACGUUUCCCACAUGGAUUUUUGAGAUGGAGGAAGAUGGAAAGAAUGUUAGGCCGUACGAAAAAUCAAAGUUGCCCAAUCUGUAUCUCGUGUGGACGGAACUGUUGGAUUAGAGAUGUUGUGCGAAGUCCAUAGUCUAUAUUUGUGUCGUAUUUAAUGACGUCUGCGAGGAACUCGUGGUUCUUACCAUGGAAUAAUAACAAAUAUUCGUUUCCGAUUUUACCUUUGACCUCCUUUCCACAGGGACUCAAGAGCUUUGCCCCAAGUCCAAUAUCGUAAGAGAGGAG